UCCAUAGUAACAGAAGCUGUGUCAGUAACAGGUGACCUGUUUCGUGCUUUUGAUACGGCUUCAAUCGUCCAAAUUGCCAGCUUUUCUACACAGUGAGGUGAGCAGUAUGUUUACAAAUUACUGACCUGCUUGAAUCAUGGCUGGACGAGGUGGUGUGACGAAACUCGACGUCGAUGUUUUAAGUACCGAGCAGCAAGAGAAACUCCGAGCGUUCAAGGUGAAAACGAGAAUCGACAACGAGAGCUAUUUGAGGUCACACCCGGAAGUAGAGGUUUUAAUCGGAAACUUUCUCAGAGACAUUCUUCUCAAAAGACCUUCUGACAUCCAUGAGUUUGCUGCAGAUCACUUCACCAACCCUGACCUUCAGGUGGUUACUGGCUCAAAAAUGGAAGGAAAAAAUGACGAGGACUGAAACACGUCCAUCCACUUUCACGCUACUUAUCCUUUGUGUCUGCACAGAGUAAAACAUUCAUGGACUUAAUCUCACAAAUGUGCUUUUCCACCCUCUGUCAGUCUACAAAUUGUCCAGCUAACAGCAUUAUGUGCAGAUUGCCAUCAUACAUAUUGCGGAAGCCACCUAAAGGGACAGAUGAUAACAGUCGUUCCUAAUGAGUGUAAUUAGAGGUUCAUUGAACGCUUUGCUGUUUGUCUCAUCAUCACCAUGAUUGUGAAGAAACAACUGAGUGCUGGAGAUUUUGUCUAUUGCCACCUAUUCCACCAAAACGUUCAGCUUUCUUUCACCUUUGCCUUCUUGAUGGCCUUAACAGUAAAAUGUUCUAUACUUGAUCCCUGACUGUCUGCUAAUAUUGUACAAAAAUGUGGACCACUAUCUGGCAUACAGGUGAGUCAGGUAAAGAAUAGCAAACAGACUGAGUUACCCUUCCUUUUAAGAGGACACAUACUGCAACCAUUCAACCGACCAUUCAGCCAUCGUGGCUGUUUUUUCCAAGAGCUUGUGCUUCAUGUUUGCUUAUUUCCUCAAUGGAGAGAGUCAAUAGAGCUUUUAAAAUUUGUUUAACUUCCUUUGUAUGUGGCUGUGGUGUUUGGAUGUGACUUUAAUACCCAGCCCGGCUUGUUCUGCUGGGAUUUGUUUCGAUAAAACAUCGAAGGGGUAAAAUAAAUGUUCUGUUAUGAAACCUCAGAAAAUAAAUGAACUUCCGCUCCUUUA